AUGUUGCGCAUACGCAGAUACCGUUAUUACGUUUUCUUUGCCGCGAUUGUCGUGUUCCUCUUGUAUCGUGCUACGAAAGAUGGAGAGCAAUGGGAAUCUGUGUCGGCGUCUAUUCCCUACGUUAAAGCUCCACCGAAGUCAUCGCCCGAGCGAGGUGUCCCUGUAACCAACAAGCAAACCCCUCCUGUUAGAAAUGGUGGCACCGUCCGACCUAUCGAAGAGGAUGACGACUUGACACAGCGAUUACUCGAAAAGACGGAAAAAGAACCCGCCAAGGUCAAAAUCCCCCAAUUGAAACCCACCACUAGCGACGAUAGCGACAUCGAUUAUGAUAUUCCCGACACGGCCACGAAGACGAACUCGCUGAACGAAACGAAGGUACUUGCGUAUGACAAGGACGUUGCUGCAAAAACUACCACCGCUCCGUUACUCGAUAUACCUGAUAAAAAUAUUGGACAAGGGGCUAAAGGUGCUGGGAAAGGUGUACAUGGAGCUCCGGGUCAAUAUAAGAGUAAGACGCAGAGCGCAACCACCACAAUACACUGGAAGAAGUUUCCCGAGCACUUUCCCGUCCCUGAAGACGAGAUCAUUCCAUUGCCGACGGGAAAACCUAAGACUAUCCCUGCGGUGCAAUAUGAUUUCGAGAAAGAGUCGGCAGAAGCUAAGGAGAAGCGAUUGGAUCGUUUAUCCCAAGUGAAAGCCGAGAUGAUACGUGGUUGGAAGGGUUAUAUGACCUAUGCAAGAGGGCAUGACGAAUUGAGUCCCGUAUCCAAGAAAUUCCGCGAUCCGUUUUGCGGCUGGGCUGCGACGCUGGUAGAUGCGCUUGAUACACUCUGGAUCAUGGGUAUGAAAGAAGAAUUUGAUGAAGCAAUGCUCGAAGUCGAGAAGAUUGAUUUCACCACUUCUGAAUUUCGAACCGAAAUCCCCGUCUUUGAGACUACCAUUCGGUACCUUGGUGGAUUGAUAGCCGCUUAUGAUGUUAGUGGAGGCAAGGCUGGAGGCUACGACAUUCUUCUUGAGAAGGCGCUCGAACUUGCCGAGAUCUUGAUGGGCGUUUUCGAUACCCCGAACCGUAUGCCCGUUCUCUACUAUAACUGGAAACCCGCUUUUGCGAAGCUACCCAAGAGAGCUCAGGCAGGAGUAAGCGUUGCAGAAUUAGGAUCUCUUGCUAUGGAAUUCACCCGACUUGCACAAAUCACCAAAGAAAACAAGUACUAUGAUGCCGUAGCACGCAUCACAGAUGCAUUUUAUGACUGGCAAGAGCGGGGAACUACGAUCCUCGGUAUCUUUCCCGAACGGGUUGAUGCAAGCGGGUGUAACAGGACUGCGGAAGCUGAAAUUGCCGCCAAGGAAGCCAAGCUCGAAGAGGAGCGAAAGCUUGAGCAACAGAAGUCCAGUUCCAAGACCACUACGGGUAGCAAGUCCGAUGUCGACAGCGAUAGCCCAAGCAAAUUUUCUAAAGGCGAGUUUCGGGGUGAAUUCCGGGUUUUGGAAGGCCGUUCUGAAGUUGGAACACCUAAUGACGAUGGUACUUCGAAGGUGAAGAUCAUGCACAAUGGCGAAGAAAUGUACGCACCGGCGGAGACGAGUGCACCUCAAAGCAGUACGACUCAGAACACCGCCACGCUGGAUAGCCGUGAUGAUGGCUCCUCCGAUGAAGAUGAGACCACAAGGAAAGAUAGGUGUGUUCCACAAGGACUUGCGCCGGGAUCUUGGGGUAGCACAGAGCAAUACAGUAUGGGCGGAAGUCAGGACAGCACGUACGAGUACUUCCCCAAACAAUGGUUGCUUCUCGGUGGUCUCGAACCCAAGUAUAAGACCAUGCACCUCAAGGUUGCCGCAGCCGUCAAGAAGUGGCUACUAUUCCGACCCAUGGUUCCCGAUGAUCGUGAUAUCUUAUUUUCCGCUAAGAUCAAUACACAAGGAGACCCGGAGGUCGACGCUGUGACUGAAUGGGAAGUUACUCAUUUGACAUGCUUCAUUGGUGGUAUGUUUGGUAUGGGCGGAAAAAUCUUCGAUAUCCCUGAGGAUGUAGAAAUUGGAAAAAGAUUGACUGAUGGCUGUGUAUGGGCCUAUGAGAGCACGCCGACCGGCAUCAUGCCUGAAGGUGCCAGUGUUGUUCCGUGUGCCGAGGUGAACAAUUGUCAUUGGAAUGAGACCAUGUACUGGCAAUGGUUAGAUCCCCUCUACGAGUCCCACGACGAGCAGAUGGAAGUGUACGAAGAACAGUUGCGUGUGUGGAAGAAACAACAAGCGCAGAAGGGACAGAAGCCGACGAUGAAAGGACACCAAAAUCUUGGCACAUCCUCUAAAGAGGAAUAUGUUGAUGGCAAAAAGUCGGGUCAAUCCCAAAUUGUUGGUACCCAGAAGACCGAUAACUCGGAUGGAUUGGAGAGUGUCGUCGGAGUUCAGAAAAGGGCCCCACCUAUUCGCGCUUCGACUGACAUCGGCGUAAAUAACGGUCGUGGCUCUGAAAAAUUGAGUCAGACCGCUAAGUUGGAAGAUGCUUUGGAUAUCAACGCAGACAGUAAUACUGUUGUAAAAACUGUCAAGGAUGAUGUCGACCAGACUCCUCUCAAACAGGAGGAGGAAGAAGAAGAAGAAGAAGAAGAGGAAGAAGAGGACCUUCCAGAACCCACGCGUCCCAUGUCGCACGAGGAAUAUGUACAGAACCGUAUUGAGUCGGAUAACCUCCCGCCCGGCUUUGUCAGCGCGAAUUAUCAUGCAUAUAUCCUUCGACCGGAAGCUAUUGAAUCGGUUUGGUACAUGUAUCGCAUCACGGGUGAUACCACGUGGCAAGACAAAGGAUGGAAAAUGUUUAAAUCCAUCGUUAGUCAAACUCGGACGGAUGCUGGUAACAGUGCUAUCGACAACGUCUUGGUGCCCAAUUCUAGCCAAAAAGAUGAGAUGGAAAGUUUCUGGCUUGCUGAAACGCUUAAAUACUUUUAUCUGCUAUAUUCGGAUCCGAAUCUUAUCAGUCUAGACGACUGGGUGUUGAAUACGGAAGCGCAUCCCUUCAGACGACCAACAUGA